UACAUCAGGUACCUCACAAAAGACAGCAUUAGUCUCAGCCUCUUUUCGGGACUCCUCAUCAGGAUAUUCACACAUUACAGAAGGAGGAAGAAAAAUCAUAAAAAAUGCCAGCCAGCUUCUGUGGUACCUGGGACAUCGUCAGCAAUGUCAACAUAGACGGCUACAUGAUUGCAAUGGGUAUCAUCCCUUGUUUACGAAAGAUCGUCAUGAAGCUGAAGCUGAAGAAGGUGAUUGAGCAACAAGGGGACCAGUACAUCAUCAAGACUGUCACCCACAUCCGAAACUACACCAUCUCCUUCAGAGUGGGUCAGGAGUUUGAGGAGUUUACCCAGGGACUGGACAACAGACAUCUCAAGUCGCUGGUGACAUGGGAGGGGAAUAAACUGGUGUGUGAACAGGUUGGAGAGAAGAAGAACCGCGGCUGGGCUCACUGGGUCGAAGACGACAAGCUACACCUGGAGCUGUACUGUGAAGGAGAAGUCUGCAAGCAGGUUUAUAAGAAGAAUGUGAACGAGUGAAGAAGAAGGAGAGUUGUUUUUCUGGAGAAGUGACUCUGUGAUGAAACGCAUCACGUGUUAUAUCCACAGCUCUAAUCCCUGUAUAGCAAAACCACACUACGUUUAAGUUUGUGGAAUUUUCUCUGCAAUGUGAUUUCAACGCUCAGUCCAGGAGAGAAAGUAUUUCCUGUCAGUCAGGAUUUACACCACUAGAUGGCAUCACUGCAUUAUUUUUGUCAGAUACUGGGUUACACUGGUCUGUAGCUAUAAGCGGUUCUUGGCCUUGGAUAAAAAUAAAUCUUAACAUCAAGCCUGUUCUGGGCUCUUCAACUUUAAGCUGGCUUAAAAAAAAAAAGACAAGUCAAUGCAGGCUCUGUUUAGUGCAAAUGUUUUGUUUUACUUCAUAUCUUAUCGUCUGAUGGGACAAAUUAGAAAUUUUCUUUGCACUUGCUUGUGCUCUCCCCCUUACAUUUGGUUGAGCUAUUUGUAAAAAAUAAAAUCUCUCAUUCAUGUAGAUACAUUUAUACGCAAUGUACAAACAGAAAGUGAGGUGUCGGAUAAGUGGAAUACAGUUUAAUGUGAAUUUUGUACAAUAAAAUGGGUUUUGAAAGAAAUCUGAA